CGUACUUAUCCAUUAUCCAUAUGGGUGAGCCUUUACCAAUCCCAGAGUCUGUUUCCCGAGCAGAAAACACGCACAUUAACCUUCCUAAUGAGACACCGUCAUUCCUACUCGGAGAAAACCACAAAUCAUAUAGACACCAAUUCUCAAACAUAUACUUUGCGAGGCUUACUUUACUCAAAAAUAUCGUGGAAAAGAAAGCAAAAGAGCGGUGGAAGGGUCUGAGUGGUUCGCCUCCGCUUGUUCCUCGCGUGCUCGACGUUGCAAAGUCUCAAGUAUGCUUCAUCAUCGGAACCGUGUAUUUGAACAUGCCUCAAAAGCCAAACGUCCUUGAGGACGUUGGGCGUGACCGAUAUUUACCGGAACCAGCCCCUCGCGAGAAAUAUCUAUCACCGGAAGAUGAAAUAGUACUUGAAGAUGACUCUGGCCGAGUGCAGCUUGUUGGAGAAGCAUUGCAACGCGUCAUAGAUUAUUCCUCGUCUGAAGAAGCAAAUGGUGACAAACCCAAUGGUUGGGGCAACGUGCUUGUAUCCGGUGUAAUAAUGGCAGCUCUCGGUCGAGAAACAUCAUCCGGAGCAUUUGAGGUCAAGGACGUAUGCUUUGCUGGGAUGGCACCUAUGCUUUUCAAAAGCCCCAAAACGGGUGACAACAUGGAAGUGGACACCGAAUUUCCGGAUAGCUGGAUUGCUUUUGUAUCUGGCCUCGAUAUGGGGGAGAGUUCAAGCAUGGAUCCUCGAAUGCAAAUGCUCGUUGAGUACCUUAGUGGCGAGGCAGGCGCACAAGAAGAUACCAUUUCUCAAAUAUCGCGGUUGGUCAUAGCCGGGAACUCCCUUGCUCCUGUGACAGCCGUUGCAGAUACAAAAUCCACUGUCGUUGACACUGGCUCAAAAUCGAAACGCUUCGGACAAGAAGCGUCGAACUUCUCUCCUGUACCUACAAAUAUGCUCGGCGACUUUCUACUGGACGUCGCAAGUGUAAUGCCCGUGCAUCUUCUUGCUGGUGCGAGGGAUCCGUCUGGAACUCUGCUUCCUCAACAAGCUCUUCCCCGUGCAAUGUUUGGAGAAGUUAAAACGUUUGAGAACUUCUCUUGCGAGACGAACCCGGCGUGGCUAGGCUUCAACGCAGAUCCUUCCUCUGGAAAAGACGCGCGGCAGCGUGCUGUCCUUGUACAUUCCGGACAAUCCGUGGAAGACAUGUAUAAAUAUGUUCCUUCACCACCAACGACACGCCUGGACCUGGCCUGUGCCACUCUGCAAUGGAGACAUAUAGCACCCACUGCACCAGACACUCUGUGGUGCUACCCGUACCAAACCACAGAUCCGUUUGUACUAAAGCGGACGCCUGAUUUAUAUGUGGUUAGCUGUCAGCCCGAAUUUGGAACGCGACUAGUCAGCAGUAAUGAUUUUGGUGAAACAGCUACCUCGGAGGACGGAGAGCGAAAGUGCAGGGUUGUUCUUGUUCCGAACUUCAACGAAACAGGAUGUCUAGUAUUAGUCAAUAUGCGAAGUCUGGAAGUGAAGUGUGUGGAAUUCGGUCUGGCGGGUCGCCUGAAGGAUGCAGAGCUACCUUCUGCGGAGAAAUGA